AUGUGUAGAUCUACAUCUGGUGUUGACUUAGAGGUUCUGCAUGUUUUUGGUAUUUUCGAUGUCAUUAUUCAGGAUAGAUGAUGACUUCAGUUUUGCUGAUUUAUUGUAGGUUCUAUCAUUAAAAAUCUAUCAUCUGAAGAUGAAGAAAAACACAGGAAAGCAAUGGAGGCUUCAGAAAAGUUCAUAAAAGUGAAACAAAAUGUAGUAACAACUAGGAAUAAAUAUGAUAAAACUUCUUUUGAGGUGAGAACAUAUGGUAGUAUAAUACCUAGUUUACAGAUUAUUACAGUAGCAAAUGCAUGCCAAUUACCAAUUAUUAUGUAGGUAUAAUGGCUUUGGGCCAUUAUGGCUACGGGCCAAUUUUCAUACUUUAAUUAUUCCUUAUUAUUUAUUUUUAGCAACAACAGGCAAACGAGCAAGGUAAAUAUUACCCUUAAAUGAAUAUUACGUGCUAGCCUCCUUCACAGGCAUCUCACCCGGGGAAUCGGGUGGUCGGGAAAAAAAUUGGUGAGACAUUUUUUUGCUGCCCAUUCGCGUGCUAAAACCAAUAGAGAUACCUGCGGAGGAGGCUAAUUUAGUCCUUAUGAAGCCCUUAGAUUUGAAUCAAGUUUUUCAUGUAAGCAAAUUACUAAAUAUGACUACAGUAUUUUGUGCCUGCAAAGUGUACAGACUGGGUCAAAUGUCUUGCACAGGAUGCAAUAUCCUUGAGAAAUUGGUUCUGAUGUGCCCAUUACUACACACAGUGUGCAGGUAUCCCGGGACAUUUGGCUGCCUGAACCAUAUUUCCCAGGAAAUUUCCCCCCUUCCCAGGAGAACAUGCUUCCUAGGAAAGUUGGCCCACCACAAUAUAUUGAAAAAAUAUUGGGAGGUGAAUUAGUUUGGUACCAUUUUGCCAAGAACCUUUUUUCUUUCCCCCUUCCCUGCAAAUUAGUGUAAUAUUAUGGUUUAAAUUCUGCAAUCUCAUGCAAGAUCACCAAGACCUGGCUCAAAUAUACUGCAAUUAUAUACAGUAUUUUAUGUAAUAUCCUACCAAUUGCAAAGUUUAUCAGUUUCUAUAUGUAACAUUUAUAAUUUUAUGUUAAAUCAGAACAGUUUCUGAAGGGAAUCGAGCUUGAUGUGAAAGAAAGGGCUGAAAGAAGGAAGAAAAGUGAAACGGAUGCAGAAGUACUGAAGUCAAAAGGGAACAAAGCAUUCAAAUCUGGACGUUGUCAGGAAGCCAUUGAUUGCUAUACAGAGGCCAUUAAACUUGUCAAGUACUUUCCUGCAUUGUACACAAAUAGAGCCCAGGUGAGUUGCACUAAUUAGUUUGAACUGGAGACGAAAGAAAACAAAAGGGCGAAUUACGGUCGAAUACCCACAGACAAUAGUCAGGGAACGAGGCUUCGCGCAAAGUUGUAAACGUUUCUAUAGAACAUUUUGCACUUGGCGUCGACUUGCAUUAAGGCCCGGUCACACUACACAACGAUAACGAUAACUUGUAAACACGCGAUGAUUGGCAAAAAAUGACUAGUCGUAUACGAUUGUCAUUCUGGGGUAUAAAAACGACCGCUGAUGCCGCUGUUCCUGUUUAUCAGUUUAUGGCAGUAUCUGGGCUGUAUUCUAGAAAGUAAGCUGAUGCUAUACAGUGAGCAAGGUAUAGUCUCAUGUGAGUAAGGUAUAGUCUCAUGUGAGCAAGGUAUAUAGUCUCAUGCUCUCAUGUGAGCAAGGUAUACAGUAGUCUCCUGUGAGUAGGCACCGAGUAAGAUAUGACACUAGCCCUCCAGCUAUUCAAAAACAGCAUUAACACUCAAGAGAAGCUCAGAAUGAGCCUCCACUCAUUGAGUGUGAGUGUGAGUGUGAGUGUGAGUGAGCUUUUGAAGCUUUUAGCUUUAAGGUAUAGUCUCCUGUGAGCAAGGUAUAGUCUCAUGUGAGCAAGGUAUAGUCUCAUGUGAGCAAAGUAUACAGUAGUCUCAUGUGAGCAAGUUAUAGUCUCAUGUGAGCAAGGUAUAGUCUCCUGUGAGCAAGGUAUAGUCUCAUGUGAACAAGGUAUAGUCUCAUGUGAGCAAAGUAUACAGUAGUCUCAUGUGAGCAAGUUAUAAUCUCCUGUGAGCAAGGUAUAGUCUCAUGUGAGCAAGGUAUAGUCUCAUGUGAGCAAGUUAUAAUCUCAUGUGAGCAAGGUAUAGUCUCAUGUGAGCAAGGUAUAAUCUCAUGUGAGCAAGGUAUAGUCUCAUGUGAGCAAGGUAUAGUCUCAUGUGAGCAAGUUAUAGUCUCAUGUGAGCAAGGUAUAGUCUCAUGUGAGCAAGGUAUAGUCUCAUGUGAGCAAGGUAUAGUCUCAUGUGAGCAAGGUAUAGUCUCAUGUGAGCGAGGUAUAUAGUCUCAUGUGAGAAAGGUAUAGUCUCUCAGCUGAUGACUGAGAAGACUUGCUACAAGUCUAGUAUUAUUCAUCGCUAGAAAUCGCGGACAUUUGGAAUGCAGCUUCAUUCUCGCCCCAGUCCCCAUGUUCACUCUGAUAUUCAUUUUUUAUCAGGAAUGCAGAUGGUUAUCCAAUUUUUACAUAAAAUAUCUUUGAAGAAUCAUACCAAAUUAAAAUUGUAUAGUGUGGAAACAAAAUUCCGUGAACUAAUCAAGGAAAUAAGAAAGAAAACUAAAAGCAAUAAUAAAAUAUAAUGAUUAUUUACGAUACUUAAAACUACGGGCAAGAUUUGUAACUAAUUUACCGAAACGACAAUAAUCCACCUUUCGCAAACUCAUACUAUGGCUUAAUGAUCGAUGAACUUAAAAAUGUAUGGUAAAAUUUAAAUAAUAUGCAGAUAUUAGUAGCCGAAAUAAUUGUUCGCAUACCUUAAUCUGUGGUGUCAAUGAUUAUUUGUUUCAUUCCAAGUUUGCAUAAAAUCGAAAGUUUGUUUAUUAGACACAAUCAUCAGGUUCUAAUAUUUCUCAAUUUGGCGAUGAUUUUUUAGGCAAAAAUGGCCCAAAAUAUAUCAUUCGAAAGCUCUUUUCUUCUAUUUUUUAUUUGUUUACAUUUUGUAAUCCUUUUAGUUUGUUUACAUUUUGCAAUCCUUAUCCUUUUAUAGUUAUAUUUAGAAUAAGAAAUUCCGGGGAUCGAAAGGGGUAAUAAGGGGCAUAGACGUAAAGGAUGUUUCGGGAUUCAAAUGUCCGCGAUUUCUAGCGAUGAUUUAGCGCCCAUGUGCAUAGUUGUUUCCACUUUUUUUGUGUUUAGGCUUACAUCAAACUAAAAAACUACGAUGCUGCUAUUGAUGACUGUAAAUGGGCAAUAAGGGUAGGUUUUAUCAUUGAUAGUCUAUUUAAAUUUUCGGAAGAACAUUGCAUUACCCCACUUUCACCAGAACCCCCCACCCCCGUGGAAAAUUCUUCAUUUUGUCUUUAUGGCUAUGGAAAAAAGUUCUGAAACAAGUUUUCAAUUGCUUAUUGAAGAAUAUGGAACGUUCAAGUACUUUCUUCGUUUUACAAUUAAUUAUUUUGUCACAAUUACUUUAAAGUACAGGUGUAUACCGUAUACAGGUGGUAGUAGAAAAGUGCUUGUAUAAAUUCCUGCCUUUAUGACUAACGAGAACUACUGGCUAGUUUUAAAUAUAUAUAAUAUUAUAUUUCUUGUAAAUUGUUUCAUCUGGUGCUCAAUUUUAGAUAGAUGAGAAAUGCGUGAAAGCUUAUGUUCAUUGUGGUCGUGCGUUACAAAAGAAGGCGUGCUUUUCUGAGGUAUAUAGUACCAAAAUCAUUUGAAGAGCAUUAGCUGACGCGCAGAUUAGUAGCCUGCGAACAGGCUCUCAAGCUGAAUUGAGAGCCUGCAUCGAUGACUAAUGAAUUUGAAUAUCUGCGUCUCAAAUCGUGACGCGAAAUUCUUAUUGGUCAGAUGCUAUAAUUUAUAUUAUUCCGCUGAACUCUCUAUAUAUAUGUCAACUGCUAGCUAUGCAUAAAAAACACAUUAACUGAUUAAAUUGGUCUUGGCCAUCUUAUCUCAAAGCACGAAAUGUUCUGUUUUGAGAAAACAGUAUUUAAAACAUUUAAACUUUUGCUUCAAUAUCUUAUAUUUCGAAAAACAGUAUAAACUGUACGGUCUAAAUUUAGUUUGCGUGGUCUAAAUUUAGUUUGCACGAAAGUUGUAAACAACACCAUAUAAGGAUAGACAUUCCAUAUUUGGAAAAACGAACGUUACGGGGCAGAUAUUCAAAUUCAUUAGUCAUCGAUGCAGGCUCUCAAUUCAGCUUGAGAGCCUGUUCGCAGGCUAGCAGAUUAGGUGUCAGGUUGGCAAGUGACUGGUUAUUGAUGAGAAACUAAUUUUGUCACCCUAGGCGAUUUCCUUAUUCAAGAAAGGUGAAGAGAUUGAUCCAAAACAGAAAGAUGUCAUAGCAGGUAGAAUUAAUGAUUUCAAUAUUUAUUUUCUUUCCGUACGUGAACUAGUCUCUUCCGCAGGUAACUCGAACGGCAGAGUCACGCAAUAA